UUAAGGGUUGAUAUAUAAAUAUUUCACUUAUUCUUAGGAGUGGCUUACCUGCUUGAUACCAAGUUAAAUCAUUCUAAAAAAAAAUCUUCUACUCUGCACAAUUGGAGAUAUGACAUAGUACAAUAAUUAUGAAAGGAGAAAACGACCCUGUAGAGAGUUAUCUUUGAAGUUGCAUCGGCGUGAUCACAGUCUGUGGAGGGGAACAAGUGAUCUCCUGAUGGAUGGCUCCUGCCUCCGGGAUGUCAUCUGACCCAUCUGUGCCCGAGCAUAGGAGACCUUAAGGCGAUACAGGAGGCUUCUGGCCCUUUAAAAGCAGAGCCCCAGCUUUCCCCCCUCCGCGGCAUUGAAGGAGCUCCAUAUGGCUUCCUCUCGUUGUCUGGACCGGUAGUUGUGAGUGCAGCAUCAAAUCCGAGGGAAGGGGGGCAGACGGUCCAAUCACGCCGGAUCAAGGCUCUCCGAGGCGGCAGACGGCCAGAUGACACGGCGGUGGAGCUUGGCGGGCCAUUAUCUUUCAGCGGGAGCUUCCCCGACAGCGAGGCCGACGGAGGAGAGGGGCAGGACGGGCGCGCUGCUGCAUCUGUCCUCGCACAGGCUCGUCGUCGUUGAGCCAGCUGGGACCUGCUUGCUCGUCCGCCGGUUACCGCAAGGCAGAUGAUGAGAUGUCCGGGACGACUUCCCAGGCGGAUCCCGUAGACGCCACGGCGCGGACGGUGCUGCUCAACCGGCAACAGAACACCAAGUUCUGCGACAACCAUGUCAGCACAACCAAGUAUGGGGUGCUCACGUUCCUGCCCAGGUUCCUGUACGAGCAGAUCAGGCGGGCUGCCAACGCCUUCUUCCUGUUCAUCGCCCUCAUGCAGCAAAUCCCUGAUGUAUCACCGACGGGUCGCUACACAACGCUGGUCCCGCUCAUUUUCAUCCUCACUGUGGCCGGGAUCAAAGAGAUCAUAGAGGACUAUAAAAGACACAAGGCAGACAACACAGUCAACAAGAAGAAGACAACAGUGCUGCGGAAUGGAGCCUGGCAGACAAUCAUCUGGAAACAGGUGGCAGUAGGAGACAUAGUGAAGGUGACCAAUGGCCAGCACCUUCCAGCUGACAUGGUUAUAGUGUCCUCCAGCGAGCCGCAGGCCAUGUGCUACACCGAGACGUCCAACCUGGACGGAGAGACCAACCUGAAGAUCAGACAGGGUCUCUCCCUCACAGCUGCCGUCCAAUCCCUGGAGGAGCUGAUGGCUCUGUCUGGUCGUCUGGAGUGUGAAGGCCCCAACAGACACCUGUAUGACUUCACCGGCACGCUGCGGCUGGAUAACCACAAUCCGGCUCCUCUGGGUCCAGAUCAGGUGCUGUUGCGUGGCGCCCAGCUCAGGAACACGCAGUGGGUUGUGGGAAUUGUAGUGUACACCGGCCAUGACUCCAAACUGAUGCAAAAUUCAACCAAGGCGCCCCUGAAGCGCUCAAACGUGGAGCGGGUGACCAACAUGCAGAUCCUGGUCCUGUUCUGCAUCCUGCUGGUCAUGGCGCUGGUCAGCUCCGUGGGCGCUGCCAUCUGGAACAGGCAGCACACCGAGGAGGCCUGCUGGUACCUGUCCCGCGCCGGUGAUAUCUCCACUAACUUUGCGUACAACCUGCUGACGUUCAUCAUCCUCUACAACAACCUGAUCCCCAUCAGCCUGCUGGUCACUCUGGAGGUGGUCAAGUUCACACAGGCCCUCUUCAUCAACUGGGAUGUGGAAAUGUACUACCCAGAGACAGACACGCCGGCUAUGGCUCGAACGUCCAAUCUCAAUGAAGAACUGGGCCAGGUGAAGUAUCUGUUCUCUGACAAGACGGGAACUCUGACCUGCAACGUCAUGCACUUCAAGAAGUGCACCAUCGCAGGAAUCACAUAUGGCCAUUUCCCCGAUCUUGACUGUGAUCGUUCAAUGGAGGACUUCAGCAAUCUUCCGUCCAACAGCCAUAACUCGACGGAGUUCGAUGACCCGGCUCUCAUCCAGAACAUCGAGAAGAACCACCCGACAUCACCUCAGAUCUGUGAGUUCCUGACCAUGAUGGCGGUGUGCCACACGGUGGUACCAGAGCGAGAGGGAGACCAGAUCAUUUACCAGGCCUCCUCGCCUGACGAAGGAGCGCUGGUUAAAGGGGCCAAAGGACUGGGCUUCAUCUUCACCGCCAGGACGCCGCACUCCGUCAUCAUCGAAGCUAGAGGAGAGGAGAAGAGCUAUGAGCUGUUAAACGUGCUGGAGUUCUCCAGUAACCGCAAGCGCAUGUCUGUGGUGGUCAGGACGCCCAACGGGAAGCUGCGUCUGUACUGCAAAGGAGCCGAUAAUGUCAUUUUCGAGCGUCUGACCGAAGCGUCCCAGUACAAAGAACUGACGGUGGCUCAUCUGGAGCAGUUUGCCACUGAAGGUCUCCGGACGCUGUGUUUUGCCUAUGUUGACCUGGAGGAAGGCGCCUACCAGGAGUGGCUGAAGGAGUACACGCGUGUCAGCACCGUGCUCAAGGACCGCACUCAGAAACUGGAGGAGUGCUACGAGCUGCUGGAAAAGAACCUGAUGCUGCUGGGUGCCACGGCGAUCGAGGACCGUCUCCAGGCCGGCGUCCCGGAGACCAUCGCCACUCUGAUGAGAGCCGACAUCAAGAUCUGGGUCCUGACUGGAGACAAGCAGGAGACGGCCAUCAACAUAGGUUACUCCUGUCGCCUGGUGACGCACGGCAUGUCGCUCAUCAUCGUCAAUGAAGACUCUCUGGAUGCUACCCGUGCCACGCUGACGGCCCACUGCUCGUCUCUGGGCGACUCCCUGAGGAAGGAGAACGAGCUCGCCCUGAUCAUCGACGGCCAGACGCUGAAGUACGCUCUGUCCUUCGAGCUGCGCCAGGCCUUCCUCGACCUGGCUCUGUCCUGCAAGGCUGUCAUCUGCUGCAGAGUGUCUCCGCUGCAGAAGUCGGAGAUCGUGGACAUGGUGAAGAGGCACGUCAAGGCCAUCACGCUGGCCAUCGGCGACGGCGCCAACGACGUGGGCAUGAUCCAGACCGCUCACGUCGGAGUGGGUAUCAGUGGCAACGAGGGCAUGCAGGCCACCAACUCCUCUGACUACUCCAUAGCACAGUUCUCUUACCUGGAGAAGCUGCUGUUGGUCCACGGGGCCUGGAGCUACAACCGUGUCACCAAGUGCAUCCUCUACUGUUUCUAUAAGAAUGUGGUCCUCUACAUUAUAGAGCUCUGGUUUGCCUUUGUGAACGGGUUUUCUGGCCAGAUCCUAUUUGAGCGCUGGUGUAUAGGCCUCUACAAUGUGAUCUUUACUGCACUGCCGCCCUUCACCCUCGGGAUAUUCGACCGGCCGUGCAGCCAGCAGAACAUGCUCCGCUUCCCCCAGCUCUACCGAAUCACCCAGAAUGCCGAGGGCUUCAACACCAAGGUGUUUUGGGGUCACUGUAUCAACGCACUGAUUCAUUCAAUUAUUCUCUUUUGGUUUCCUCUUAAAAUAUUAGAGCAUGACUCUCCCUUCAGUAAUGGCCAUGGGAAUGACUACCUGUUUGUAGGAAACAUGGUCUACACAUACGUGGUAGUCACAGUGUGUCUGAAAGCUGGAAUGGAGACCACCGCUUGGACCAGGUUUUCCCACCUGGCGGUGUGGGGCAGCAUGGCGCUCUGGAUGGUCUUCUUUGCUGUCUACUCAGCCAUCUGGCCCACCAUCCCCAUCGCCCCUGACAUGCUGGGCCAGGCUGGCAGGGUGAUGCAGUGCUGGCACUUCUGGCUGGGUCUGGUCCUGGUGCCUGCUGCUUGUUUACUCAAAGACUUUGCUUGGAACGCCGGGCGGCGCUCGGUGAGGAAGUCUCUCCUAGAGGAGGUGCAGGAGCUGGAGGCGCGUGCCGUCGACCCGGGAGCAGCAGUACUGAGAGAUGCCAGCGGCCGCAGUCUGAACGAACGAGCCCAUCUCUUGACAAGAGUAUUUAGGAAAACACCCUCAAGUGUAGGCCGCUCCAACUCAGUACAGCAGACUGUGUCACAUGGCUAUGCCUUCUCUCAGGAGGAGCACGGGGUGGUGUCCCAGUCCCAGGUCGUGCGCUCCUACGAUACCACCCGCCAACGCCCCAGCCUCUAGCCCCGCCCUUUACCACUGCCUCGGCUCACUGUAGCAAAUGGUUGCCAGGGUGACAGCGGAGACAGACUUAUGUGACACCCUCACUCCGGGUGACCGACCCCUGCUGUGGCCUUACUGGAACUAUGAUCUGACCUGUCCCCCCCCGCCCCUCCGAGGGUUCUGGAUAGGCAUGGAGGCCGUCACCGGGGCGUGGAGGACUGACUUGGGAGAAGGGACCAGGCCAACUUUAUGGAAUAAAUGUUCUCCCAACUCCCACACAAGCUGCACAGGCAUGAGCGACCAUAUCCACGCACAGACAUGGGAAACCAAACUCAGAGACUGCUACUUGUACUGUAUAUCCCACAGACUGGGUUUGGUUUAUGCUACUGUGUGUUAAAUGUGUGUGUGUGUGUGUAUAAGUGUGUAUGUGUGUGUGCUGUCCAGUGCAUCUGUAUCUGCCUGUGCAUGUGUGUCUGCACACAUUUGCGCUCAUGUGUGUGCUUGUGCACGUGUAUGUGUGUGUGUGUGUAUAUGUGUGUGUGUGCGUAUACGUUUGCUUCCACAGUUCCCACUCGACUCCCCGUCCUAAGCUGGGUUUAGCCAGUCUGUCAUCACAUGCUGAUGUGGAAAGGAAGGUGGCUUCAAAAUAAACACACACACACACACACACACACACACACAGCGAGAGAGAGAAGCCCAGCAGGAAUUCCUUACAGAGGGAGGAGGGAGGUGUAGACGCCAGACCCCCAGAGCAUAUCCCAUCUGCAGGCCCCCGUCCCGUCCUGUCCUCCCCAAGCCUCACUGCCAAACACCACAGAGAUGCCACUGAGGCAGAACCCUCACCCCAAACUCUCCUGUCCCGCCUGGACCGCCGCCCCUCGCCGCCCCCCCAAACCUCUGCUGGGAUGUGCCACAACACACGGGAACACACACCUUGCUUAUCUCUCUCUGUGUCCCUACAUUUCUCUACACCUCCCUGCCACCCAGCGGCCCCUGCGUCUCUCCUCCCCUGCAGCACGUCUCCUCGUCCUUCUCGGUUGAAUCCACCUCUUCUUUUCCUUUUUUUUUUUUUUUUUUUUUUUUUUAAAUUUCCUGCUUCAAUUCCAACUGCUCCUGUGAUUCCCAAGUCGCAUCGCUGCCUGUCCGGCCUGGGAGGUUGCCUGACUUAGAAGCAGCAGCAGCAGCAGCAGCAGCAGCAGCCUGGCGUUAGAGCUUCCGCCUUCGGUUGUGUUGGAUUUCCACUCACCACUGGACUUUUUUUGUUGAAUAAAGUGGACAUGUGUAUUUGUUUAUCUUUUUUUUUUUUUUUUUUUGCUCUUAUUUGUCUGUUUUUUUGUACUCAUUUGUGGAGAAAUGUCUUAGAGGGAAUAUUUUACUUGAACUAGUGCUACGAGGCAUCCGACAGAGAAAGGAAUCUGAUUGAGAUGUUCGGUUGCAUCAUGUGAUUUUUCUGUCUCUGGGAUGUGUCUGAAUGUAGAGUCCAUUGUCUGUGUGCUCUGUGUUGAGGACACUUGGGUUCAGGAAUGCAAGGAUACAGGGGGUGGGUGCCGGAGUUGUCCAAUCAAGUCCUAAUCAUUAAAUCUAAUCAAUCCAUGGUCUGACCAAA